GCUUUAUACGAACACAGCCCUGGCUAUGCCCCUAUCUGUCUCUCUUUAUCUCUCCUCUGAAGCAAGCAUUGUAUAAAAAUGGUGGGAAUGGCGGGAAGCCUUUCUAACACGAUAUUACUACAUCGCUUCAAAUUCCUGCUUCCCUUCUCCUCCCUUCACACCAAACUUAUUACACUCUCCUCAAAACAUAAACUUGGAAAAUCCCAAUUCCAAUUCAUUCGCACCCAAUUAUCCGCUAAUUAUUCUACUACCCAAUUCAAUUCUCACAAAACUCAAAUACCAAACAUGCAAAAUGGGGAUGAUUUGAUUAUUUUAGGGAUUGAAACUAGCUGUGAUGACACCGCUGCUGCUGUUGUGAGAGGCAAUGGCGAAAUUCUUAGUCAAGUUGUGUCAUCUCAGGCAGAUCUGCUUGUCCAGUAUGGAGGAGUUGCCCCAAAAAUGGCCGAAGAGGCUCAUUCAAGGGUCAUUAAUCAGGUAACACAAUCAGCACUUGAUAAAGCAAACUUAACGGCUAAAGAUCUUUCUGCAGUCGCAGUUACUAUUGGUCCUGGAUUAGGUCUUUGCCUACGUGUUGGUGUCCGUAAAGCUCGAGAAAUUGCUGGUAGCUUUCAGCUGCCUAUCAUUGGUGUGCAUCAUAUGGAGGCUCAUACUUUAGUGGCAAGGUUGACAGACAGAAAUCUACAGUUUCCUUUCGUGGCCCUGCUCAUUUCAGGCGGACACAAUCUUCUGAUUCUUGCACGUGACCUGGGCCAUUACAUACAACUUGGGACGAGUAUUGACGACGCAAUUGGUGAAGCAUAUGACAAGACAGCAAAGUGGCUUGGCCUUGAUAUGAGGAGGAGUGGUGGUCCUGCUGUAGAGGAGCUCGCUCGAGAGGGUGAUCCUAAGUCUAUAAGAUUCAAAACUCCAAUGCUACAUCACAAGGAUUGCAACUUUUCCUAUGCUGGUCUGAAGACUCAAGUGAAGCUGGCAAUCGGAUCAAAAGACAUCGAUGCGGAAAUUCCACUUUCUUCAGCAAGUAGUCAUGACAGAAGGUCUAGGGCUGACAUUGCUGCUUCUUUCCAGCGAGUUGCAGUGUUACAUUUGGAGGAAAGAUGUGAAAGAGCUAUUGAAUGGGCAUUGAAAAUGGAGCCAUCAAUAAAAUAUUUCGUUGUCUCCGGUGGCGUUGCGUCAAAUCUAUAUGUGAGAGCAAGACUAGAUCAAAUUGCCAAGAACAAAGGCGUGCAGCUUGUUUGUCCUCCACCCAGCCUUUGCACUGACAAUGGUGUUAUGGUUGCUUGGACCGGCAUUGAACACUUUCAAAUGGGAAGAUUUGAUCCACCACCACCUGCUGAUGAACCCGAAGAUACAGUGCAUGAUAUCCGACCUAGAUGGCCACUGGGGGAAGAAUAUGCCGAGGGAAGAAGUGAGGCGCGCUCCAUGAGGAAAGCCAGGAUACAUCCAUCUCUCACAUCUCUCAUCCAAGGCUCCGCCCAGCCACUCUCGUAGCAUCCAGCAAUAUAUCCCAGUUUCUUCAUCAGGAUUGCAAGAAUUUGAGCUUCAGAGUACAGAGUACAGGAGUCAUCCCUAACCAUUCUGGCUGAGAGUUCAGAAUUGCACCUGGGAUUUUAUUGAACAGCUAAUUGUGAUUAUCUGAUUAUUACUUAUUACAGGAUUUACAGCAUAGAACAAUAGGACAUGAUUGUUAUUUCAUUAUUUAUCUCUGGCUUCUCCGCAAUGUAGAAUUUUGUUAUUCCUAUAUUUUUGUAUUAUCAUGCACAAUAUGAUUGUUGAAGAUGAGCGAGAUGGAUAUUACGAUG